CAGACAGGCAUGUGGGCGCAUGCGCUGUCGUCCACGUGGUCAGCCAAGAAGCCAAGAAGCCCAUGGACCAGUGAUCUGUGCUACUGUGUACUCCUCUCCAAACGCUUCCCACUUUUGUCUAAGGGUGGUUUUAAAAAUGUCAGUCAAAAUUGUGUUUGAAAAGAAACAGAAGGCUUAUACUACUCAUGUCGAGGAAAAUGGAAUAUUUUUUGUUCAAUUAGACACUAAAGAAGCCUACAAACUUGCUGAAUUAUCCGAUCGAAUUUCUAAGAGUAUUGAGUCAACUGGUACACACAAAGUCAUUCCUGAGUAUGGCCUGAAGUGCUUUGCUCUCUCAAAAACAGACCAAACAUGGUACCGAGCACUCGUUGUUAAAGUUAAAAGCUCUAACAUCAAUGUGUUUUAUGUAGACUAUGGAAAUACUGAAGACCUUGCCAUAGAACAGUUAAGUGCAUCAGUCGAUUCUUUCUUUGAGUUUCCCUACCAGAGUGUUUGUUGUACAAUUGCCAAUUUCAUCCCAAAAGACGCCAAUUUUGGGUCCAAGGUAAAGGAUCUGAUCAUGGAUCGAGAAACCUGUUGUGUCUUCCUAUCCAAGAAUGGAUCCAAAGGCCAUCCUUUUCUGCAAUUCUUGCCAUGCUUCAAUGUUCUCUUAUACGAGAAUGAGAAGAGUGAUGUCACUCUAGCUGAAUUUUUAAUCAAGAGGAAGCUUGGCGAGUAUGCUGUUUGUGCUGACAAUGCUGAAGUAGGCACGAAUCAGAAUGUAGUUGUCUCCUUUGUAGACUCACCAGGAAAAUUCUGGGUGCAGCUAUCUAAGAAAAUGGGAGCUUUGGAAGAGCUCAUGAAAGAACUAAACAGUCCAACAACCCUUCGAUCAUUGGCUUCAUUACCUGAUGCAUCCAUUCGUGAAGGUGUAGCUUGCUGUGGCCUAUAUGACAAUGAUGUCCGUUUUUAUCGUGCUGAGAUCUCAAGUCGCAAGUCAGGUACAAAAGUGAAGGUCUGGUUUGGAGAUUAUGGAAACACUCUUACUGUUGCUACGAAGGAUCUGAAAAUUCUCCCACAGCAAUUUACACGAUCUCCAUUCUGUGCAUUAAUGUGUGGUUUAGAUGGUGUGUUGCCCGUUCGAAGCGACAAACCACACCCCAUAUAUGGCAACAUCGCUUGGACCCCUCAAGCAAGCAAAGACUUUACAGCCUUCGCUCUCGAGGAAGAAUUUGUGGCUCAUUUUGUAAGCGAGCUUUCUCCAGAUGUGUACACAGUACGCCUUACCGAUCCAAAUACUGGGAAGGAUAUGGGAAGAACUCUAGCUGAUAAUGGUAUUGUUGAGCUGUCUGCCUCUGCCAACCUUCCAAAUGAAAUUCCUGCUGAUUUCGAAAACAUCACUAUAGAAGUUGGCAAAGUAUAUGAAAAACUGUUUAUCACUCAUGUGGAAUCGCCAUCUAUUGUGUGGGGUCAACUGCCUGACUACCUGGAAGAGAUGGAAGCAUUGACUGCCACACUGGAAUCUAUAGGCGCCAGUCUCCCUGAACUGAUUGAUCCUGAAGUAGGAGCUUCCUGUUGUGCUCAGUACUCCGUGGACAAUGCUUGGUACAGAGGUACCAUUGAGAGCGUGAAUGUUGCUGCCAAAAAUGCUCUGGUGUUGUUUGUUGACUAUGGCAACAGUGAAGAAGUACAGCUGACUAGUUUGAAAGCCCUUCCCAGUGACUAUUUUGCUCUCCCUGCUCAGGCUAUCAGUUUCUCAAUGGCCACCGUUGCUCCUUAUGAAGACGAUUGGAGUGAAGAUGCUCGUGAUUUUUUUGUGGACCUAGUACGGGAGAAAGAACUCAAUUGUUUGGUUAUUCGACUCGAUGACGACGGAUAUCCUUCUGUGACCUUGAGUGACCCACAAAGCCCAGAUUAUGACAUUGCUCAAGAAUUAGUUCAAUGUGGGUAUGCCAUUGAGCUGCCUCCUAGUAUUGCUAACUUAGCAGUUUCAUCUGAACCUCAAGCCACUGUCGCGGUUCCUAAGCAUUCUUUGAAUUGUCCUCCUGAAGUUGAAACUGCUCCGGUUAACUACGAGUUUCUCUCAAUCAAAGUGGGAAAAUUGUAUGAAAGUGUUUUCAUAACCCAUGCCGAGUCUCCAUCUGUUGUAUGGUGUCAACUGCCUGAGUACCUGGAAGAGAUGGAAGCAUUGACUGCCACACUGGAAUCUAUAGGCUCCAGUCUCCCUGAACUGAUUGAUCCUGAAGUAGGAGCUUCCUGUUGUGCUCAGUACUCCGUGGACAAUGCUUGGUACAGAGGUACCAUUGAGAGCGUGAAUGUUGCUGCCAAAACAGCUCUGGUGUUGUUUGUUGACUAUGGCAACAGUGAAGAAGUGAAGCUGACUAGUUUAAAAGCCCUUCCCAGUGACUGUUUUGCUCUCCCUGCUCAGGCUAUCAGUUUCUCAAUGGCCACCGUUGCUCCUUGUGAAGACGAUUGGAGUGAAGAUGCUUGUGAUUUUUUUGUGAACCUAGUACGGGAGAAGGAACUCAACUUUUCGGUUAUUCGACUCGAUGACGACGGAUAUCCUUCUGUGAUUUUAUUUGACCCAUGCCCAGACAGUGACAUUUCUCAGGAAUUACUUGAUUACGGGUAUGCAGUUAAGCUACAUGCGGAAACAGAAAAAGACGCAGAUUCACCUGAACUCCAAGCCGCUGUCUCGAUCCCCAAACUGAAACCUCCAUCUUUGUCAGAGCUUCUUGAAUUUGAGUUUAUUUCAUUGGAAGCAGAAAAAUGUUACAAGAACAUUUUUAUUACUCAUGUGGAAUCGCCAUCUGUUGUAUGGUGUCAACUGCCUGAGUACCUGGAAGAGAUGGAAGCAUUGACUGCCACACUGGAAUCUGUAGGCCCCAGUCUCCCUGCACUGGAUGAUCCUGAAGUAGGAGCUUCCUGUUGUGCUCAGUACUCCGUGGACAAUGCUUGGUACAGAGGUACCAUUGAGAGCGUGAAUGUUGCUGCCAAAACAGCUCUGGUGUUGUUUGUUGACUAUGGCAACAGUGAAGAAGUGAAGGUGACUAGUUUGAAAGCCCUUCCCAGUGACUGUUUUGCUCUCCCUGCUCAGGCUAUCAGUUUCUCAAUUGCUACUGUAGCUCCUCGAAUAGGAAAUGACUGGAACAAGGAUGCCUGCCAGUGUUUCAUUAGUAUGGUGCAGGAGAGGGAGUUGAACUGUGAAGUAAUUCAAUUAGAUGCGGAUGACUAUCCAUAUGUGCAUUUGUUUGACCCAUUGCACCCAAACACUGAUAUUGGGCAGGAGCUCGUGCGGCGUGGUUUUGCUAAGAAGCACCUUCCCGCUUCCUCGAAUGAAGACAGUGAUGUGAGAUUAGUGCCAUCUGGAGCACAAGUUGCUGUCGCAAGCCCUAUAAAGAUAACUGAGCAAAUACCGAAACAGCCACUGUGUUAUAACAACAUUGCUCUAAAGACUGGGUGUACUUAUGAAGUGCUUGUUUGUCACGUUGAGUCGUUAACCAACUUUUACUGUCAGUUGACUGAAAGUUCACCAGAUUUGGAUGAAUUAAUGGACAAUAUUCGUUGUCAUUGUGGCUCUUUGAAUUCUUCCUCUCCUGUUGAUGUCAGUAACAUGGUCAAUCAACCAAUCAUUGCCCUGUUCUCAGAGGAUAGCGAGUGGUACCGAGCUCAAAUCUGUCGAAUUGAAAGUGAAGGCUCAGUCUUUGUGAAAUUUGUCGAUUAUGGUAAUUGUGAAUCUGUCUGUUUGGACACUACCAAAAACAUAUUGAAGACCUUUGUUCAGACUCCAGCUCAAGCUAUCUCGUGCUCACUGUAUUGUGCUCCUGAGAAUACCGAUAUUUCUGAUGACACCACCACCACAUUCUCCAGUUUAACUCUUGAUCAGAACUUCACGCUAAGUGUAAAGAAGAUUACUGACGAUAACCAGAUAGUUGCUGACCUCAAAUGUGAAGAUGGUACUACUAUUACCCAGCAACUUGGUUUAAUCCACGCUUCAGCUGCAACUCCAGAUUCUUCUGCAAUUAGAACUGUUCCUCCACCCAUCGUCAGAGUGAAUUGUCCUACUACUGUUGUGCCUUGUUUCAUUGAUACACCAUUUCGCUUCUACCUUCAACUGGCUGAUGAUUAUGAAACUUUGAAGACUUUUGUUGACUCAUUUAACGACUUCUACAAGCUGAAUGGUCAGAAUCUCGAGCCAUAUGUAGGUUGUUUGUGUGCUGCAAAAUUUUCUGAAGACCAUGUCUGGUACCGUGCAAAGAUUACAGGUAUAUGUGGUAGUCAGGUAGACGUGGAGUUUGUCGAUUAUGGUAACUCAGAGACGACUACAAUGUCAGCUGUUAGAGCCUUGGACUCCCAAUUUUUGUCUGUCCCCUGUUUUGCUGUUCCCUGCUAUCUUAAUGGCUUGCCAAAAGACCAGUCAACUGAUGCUGACUCCCAAGCAUUCAGCAACUUGAUUAGUGACAAAGAACUCACAGCAGAAUUUCAUGCUCCAUUCUCAGAUUUUGACACUUUUGUUGCUGUGCAACUCACAACCAAAGAAGGACAAGAUAUUCUUGCUACUUUUCUCUCUGCUAAGGAUGUGUUACUACAAGAGCAAAUUAUGCUCCGAACAUUCGAUACGCAACAGAUAAAAACACUCUCUCCUGAUCUCAACACGCCAACUAUGUGCACUGUGUCCUUCAUUUCCAGCUGUAAAGAGUUCUACUGUCAACUGUCCACGUUCAGUACACAUUUUAACGAGUUAAUGGACAAUUUGUAUGCUUUCUAUGAAGAGGGGAGCAAUGGCAGUUUACUGGCUGCACCUGGUAUAGGCUCUUACUGUGCUGCUCCGUUCUCUGACGAUGGCUCGUGGUACAGAGGUGUUAUUACUGACUUGAACUCACGGAGUGCUUCUGUUUUUUACAUGGACUACGGUAACACAAGUGAAGUUGAAUUAUCCAAAUUAAUGCAGUUGGAGCAACAGUUUUGCUCUUUGCCAAUCCAAGCUCUGCUUUGCAGUCUACCUCAACAGUACUCCAAUGAAAAUUGCUCAAACUCCUUCCAAGACACCCUCGACCAGUCUGUGGAAGUCACGUUUAUUGACAGGCUCCCAGAUGGCAGUUUCAUGACUGAUAUGAAAGUGAAUGGCAUACGAAUCAAAGAGAUUCUUGCUCCGUAUGCUACUCCUAAUUUAUCGACUACUCUGGACAAUACUGACAUUUCUGCUGUGAUUCCCGAGUGUGGCCUACCCAUGCAAGUGACGGUGUGCUUUGUAGCCAGCUUCGAAGAAUUUUAUUGUCAAAUUCUAUCGGAGAGUGCUUUUGAUAGCUUGAUGAACGAUCUCUAUUCAUUCUAUGCAGAGAGUGGGGAAAGCCGAUUGUUGGCUACCCCAGCUGUUGGCCGUCUGUGUGCUGCUCCGUUCGGUGAUGAUGGCUCCUGGUACAGAGCAAAAAUUACGACAAUCUCCGGAGAAAAUGCUAUUUUGUUCUACAUUGAUUACGGCAACUCUGAGUCACUUCCUCUUUCUCUUAUAAUGGAACUAGAGCCACAGUUUUGUGGUUUGCCUGCACAUUCUAUCAAAUGCUGCCUGAAGAAUUUCACUGCCACAGAAAGUCCAGAGUGCUUAACAGUGUUUCAGGAAAUUAUUCUACAGAAAGAAGUGCUUGCUGUUUUUGAGCCCCAUGUUCUAGGUGACUGCUAUUCUGUCACUAUGGAAGUAAAUGGGCGGAACAUAUCUGAGAUACUUAUUGAAGCCGUAUCUCCUGCUUCACUGCAACCUGUGGAAAGUGUGACUGCUUCAAAGAAAAUAUCACCAACAAACAGUUCCCCAAAAAUACCACUGCUGUCCCUUGAACCUGGCUCCACCUGUGAUGUGGUUGUAACAGCUUUCAAUUCUGCUGAGGAGUUUUACUGCCAGGUGGUUGACAUCGAAUCAAAACUUGACUUUUUGAUGGUCGAAAUCAAAUCGUUUUGUGAAAGUAGCCCACAAAGCACUGAGUGGUGCGAAAAAGAGUGCGUUCUAGCUCGAUUCACAGAAGAUGAGGAGUGGUACCGUGCUCAGAUAGUUAACCUCAACAAAAAUGGCACAGUGAAAGUGUACUAUGUUGACUAUGGCAAUUCAGACGUUUUGAAUAUCACUGAGCUCAGAAAGAUCACGUCAACAAUUUGCCAACUGCCUGCUCAGGUCGUUAAGUGUGCCUUAGAAGGCUCCCAGUUCUAUUCCUACGGUGAGACCAGCCACCAACAGUGGUGUGAUUUGCUGCUAGACCAAGAGAUGAAACUGAAGUGUGUAUCUGUUAAGGAUGAUGAGACUUAUACAGUUGAUCUCCAGACUUUUGAUACUAAUGUCGAUAUCAUGUCACAUGCCAUUAAAACUUUAAAAAUUGUCAGUCCACGAAAUGUAGACCCUGCUGUUGAACUAUCAGAGAACAAUAUAGUUGCCAGCACCGAUGUGCGAAUCACUUGUGUCUUUCCAGCUGAUCUCAAAAAUAACUCGUUUCACGAUGCCCUUGUUCAAAGUGUUGACUCUCCUUCCCUAUUUUACAGUCACUUUGAUGUUCGCCAGCUGCAGUCCCUAAUGAACAGUAUGCAAAAUUUCUACACGUCUACGGCCAACCCUCUCAAGCCAGUAGCUCUGUCCAACUACACUGCUGAGUGUUACCUAGCAGCUCAAUAUUCAGAGGAUGAUCUCUGGUACCGAUGCCUCGUUGAAGGGGUGAGCUCCACUGGGGUAGAAGUAAAGUUUGUAGACUACGGUAACUCUGAGAUGGUCCCAUAUGAGAAGCUACGAUUCCUGGACUCAGAAUUCACUAAGCUGCCGGCACAAGCUAUUCCUUGCUCUCUUGGCUCUAUUUCACCAUUGGGUUCUGAAUGGAGUGAUGAAGCCAUUGACACAUUUUCGGAGCUUGUGGUGGGGAAGACUUUUAAGAGUCAAGUGAUGUUUGAUUCUGACCUUACCGAAAAGCCUUUCACAUUUGAUGGCAGAACCACACUGAAUGUUGUCCUGAUUGAUGACCAACAGUUGCCAGUUAGUAGGGAGCUAAUAUCUCUUAGUCUGGCAGGCAGCACUGAUGACCAUCGACUACAGACUGAUAAUACUACUAUAUCGGCUUCGGCUGUGUCACCUCAAGAGGAUGCACUUACCUAUAUUGAUUUCACGAAACCGUCUGUGGGAGAUAUCUGUGAUAUGUAUGUGUCUCAUAUCAACUCUCCUGUCCAGUUUUGGCUUCAGAUGCCGACAGCUGACGAUGUGCUGACUGUCUUGCAGAGUGAACUAUCUACAGUAUGUGAGGGCAAUGAGAAUAUUGUGCUUGUUAAUCGGCGAAGUGCUUGUUGUGCCAAGUUCUCGGAGGAUGGGUGCUGGUACAGGUCAACUGUUCAAGACGAAUCAUCAGAAGGACUCACUGUUCGUUUCGUUGACUAUGGCAACUCAGAAACUGUCCCUGCCUCUCAAGUGUUUGAGCUACAGCCUAAGUUUCUUGAAACACCUGUGCAGGCUAUUGAAUGCUCUUUGGCUAGUAUAGAAGACAAUACCUUUACAGAAGAGAAUGUAUCAGUGUUUUCUGGUCUUGUGAUGGGCAAAGAACUACUUGUCUCUUUCGUUAAACAACUAAACCCCCAAAAAUGGGAAGUUAACUUACAAGAAGGCGAGAGAGGCAUUGAUGCACUUUUUCUGGCCACGCUGCAAACUGAGAAGAUUCUAGAAACUUCCCCUGCUUUAGUCACGAUUCCUUCUCUUGACAUCGAACUAGGAGAGACGUACCCUGUGUACAUAGCAUUUAGUGACUCACCAUCUAAAUUCUUUUGCCAACUAAAAUCUGACUGUGACAAACUGGAGGUCCUAAUGGACGAAGUUAGUAAAUACUACAGUUCACAUUGUGUGGAACCUGACCUGACACCUGGCUUGUUCUGUGUGGCUCAGUACUCUGGCACAGGGACCUGGUAUCGUGCUCAAAUCAUAGCAGUCCACUCGAAGUCUGAUAUCGAGGUGAACUUCGUUGAUUACGGCAACUCUGAACAUGUUGCUGCUGAGCAGAUUCAUUCUUUAGUAGACAAAUUCUCCCAGCUGUGUUCUCAAGGAAUCCCGUGCUCACUAGUGCAUGACUACACCAUGGAGUUUACGAAUGCGGUAUUGGAACAGUUCUUUCGAUAUGAUUUGAAUCAAGAAUUCAAAAUCAAGAUCAGAGCAGUACAUGAAGAUCGAUAUGUAGUUGACCUCUUUGACCAAGAAGGUGCCCACAUGAAUGCCUCAGUACUGGGAAUGAUUGUGUCACCAUCAUCUGCAUCCCCAGUAGACAAGCACUCUUACAUUCCCACUCAACUCAGUGUGGGUAGCAGCAUCCAAGCUUACGUCAGCCACGUCAAUUCCCCCACAAACUUUUAUUGCCAACCCCUUGAACAGGCUGCCGAGUUAGAGAAUCUAAUGAGCCAAAUCGUCACUGUGAUGUCACCCCCGUUGGCUAGCCACCUACUUGCUAUAGAGGAUCUCAUUCCUGGAAGGAUCUGUCUUGCUCAGUACAGUGAGGACAAUGAGUGGUACCGAGCAUUGGUGAAAAGUGUGAAAGACAUCGAAGUGUCUUUGUUGUAUGUGGACUAUGGCAACACAGAGCUUAGCACUUCUGACAAGAUUGUCGACUUACCAGAACAGUUUCAGCCAGUUGCCAUUCAGGCGAUUCACUGCUCUGCUUUCGAAGGUCUGGACACUGACAUGAGGUGGAAGGAAGAGCAAACCAGCAAGUUUCAGAAGCUAGUCUCUCAGUGUGACCACAUCACUGUAACUGUGACUAGUGUAUCUCCCACUGGGCAGUAUGUAAUGGAAGUUAGCACUAAUGGAAAUAUCAUCGACUUCUCAUCACUCUUAGAGGAACAAGUGGAAGGAUUAGUGCCUCUGGCACCAUUACAAUCUCUCUCUUCUGAACCUGCUGAUCUGAUUGACUUCUCAAAAGUGACCACUGAAGGUUCUGCUGCUAGCAGUACCUCCCUUGACACCGGGUCAGAAUGUGGAGAGACAGAGUCUGAUAGUGAGUCAGUCGGAAAACCUCUCAUCAAGGCUCCAUUCAAACUCAGUUUGGCCAUUCAGGAGUCACUCGAAGUGAAUGUCGUGUUUGUGCAGAGCCCUUCUUUGAUGUACAUCCAGAGAGCGGACUGUAAAGCUGUGUUAAACAGCCUGAGUGAAGAAAUCAAGCAGUACUGUGCAAAUUUUGGAGAUUCUCAAAAGGAAUUUUCCUUGACGUUUCACAAAGGUGACUAUGUACUAGCCAAAAACUCUGCUGAUGGUGAAUGGUAUCGUGCUGAAGUGACAGGUGUUGAUUCUGAAGAUGGAACUACUAAAGUUUCACUUAUUGAUUAUGGAAAUAUCGAGAUUAUCCCACCAGAAGACGUGGUCAUGUGCCCUGAGAACCUACUUGAACUCCCUGCCCAAGCAAUCCCAUGUUCUCUUGCUCAAGUCCCAAGACGAGACUCAUGGCCUCUCGAGUACAAGGAGCUGAUCAACCGGUUGGUUGAAGGCAGAGUGUUGAGGGCGACUGUGAUUCUCCCGGCGAGUCAGGGAAUGAGACCCACUGUUAAGCUGGAGGACAUACAGACAAACAUCGAUCUCUCAGAUCAAGUUUUGUUGAACCUACACGAAGAGUGUGAGUUUGGCUCAAAUAAUGUAAUAGCUGAAUUGUCCGAAGGUGAGGAUUUGGACCCACCACUUGAUGCUCAUCCUGAAGUCACAGAAGACAGCAGUUCAGGCCGUUUAUGCUUUGCUGAAGAAGAGCCCAAUAUACAAGAGGUUAGACUGCUCAGAGAAAGGAAGUUUGAAAUAGGUUCGGCACACUCUGUGUUUGUACUUACCUGUGAAAGUCCACACUAUUUUCUCUGCCAACUGACUGACGAAGCAGGCAUAUUAGAGUCCAUUGUGUCUCAACUAAAACAGCUCUGUGACAGUCCUCUCGACAACCCUCCUCAACAAGGCAACAUACUGGCUUCCCAGUUCAGUGAAGAUUACCUGUGGUAUCGUGCACGAGUAGACAGCUCUGAGUCAGGCCUCACUGAGGUUACCUUCAUUGACUAUGGUAACUCCGAGGCUGUCACCCUGGAUAAGUUGCAAUUCCUCCCGAAGUCCCUUCUUUCUCACCCUCCGUUAGCUUUGGAGUGUUUCCUGGCAGGUAUUGAAGCAUGUUCUAUUGAUGGUGUGUUUUGUGAAGAUGCAGCUGUUAAAUUUCUUGAGCAUGUGGGAGACAAAGAGGCAAGAAUUGAGAUUGUUUCAAUAGACACAACAGGUCAUCUAGGUGUGGUACUAACAACUGCCACUGGAGUGAAUAUUGGAAAUGUGCUAAUCGAGUCAAAGCUGGCUUCUCCUCUCAUUGCCAGUCCAGAAACUGAUUUACACUCACUUUCUAACGUAGUCAAAGAGCCUCAAGAACAUUUUUCUCACGAAGAUGAGGAACCAAUCAAUCCGAAAGAUAUACAGGCUAAGCUAGUAGUCUCACAACAAAACAUGGUAUCUGUGGAGGAGGUACGUGUGGAAGUAACCAAAGAAAAUGAAGACAGAGUUCCAUUACCUGACCUCCAUAUAGCAUCUUCACAAGAUGAUGAGAUGGCUGAUACAGCAUUUAGCGUGCAAGAAACAUCUCACUCAUCAGACGAAACAACUGUCUCAGUAUCAGUCAAUUAUGUAGCAGCUGAGUUUCACCCAGAAAGCGAAUCUAUUUCUCAACAGCUAACAUCUAUGGACCCACCUCCUGUCAACACCAAUGAGAACAACAGUAAUGGUUCUGCUUUGUCUUUUAUAACCGAAUCGAAUCCAACUCAAUCAACUCUGACCCAAGCCACUAAUAGCUACUCAAUCAAUGAAUGUUAUCAUGCUUACAAUUUGUUACCAGCAAGCGAAGAUGAAGAAAUUUUCUCACAACCAGAAAACGAAUAUGCAACCAUCUUCUCCACACCAACUCUCACACCUGGUAGUCGGCACAAAGUGGAGUUUGUGCACCUGGCAACACCAGAAGACUUUGUGUGUGUCCUAACAGAGAAGGCCGAUAUUUUGAAGCAGAUGGCUACUGAAAUGACUGAUAAUGAUUCCCUACCAGCUGUUAAACAACCUGCACCUGGUUUGCCUGUAGCUGUCUUUAAUGAUAAAGACAGAGAGUGGUGUCGUGCUGUUGUACGCUCUGUUGGGAUGUCACUCAGUAUGGUCAAGCUGUACUUACUGGACAAAGGGACAAGUGACAUGACACCACUUUCUAAGCUCAGACCUCUCUCAAAAAGUCAUGCUGAACUACUACCACCUCAAGCUUUGAGAUGUCAACUUAGUGUUCUGCAUGAGAAUGACUUCGACCCUAAUGUUGUCACAAAAGGGGAACCAUGGGAGCUCAAUUGGCCAAACAGCUGUAGUCACCACCUGCGUAAACUCACCGAAAACAGUAAUGAAAUCUACUUAGAGAUCCUUUCAGCCGGAAAUGACUAUACAUGUACCUAUGAAGUCACACUGCUGGAUUGCUCUACUGACCCUGCUCUCAACCUCAGACAGGUUGUGAUCGAUAAACUCCGUACACUCACUGAAACCACCGUUCUCUCCCCUAUAUGUCCAAUUGCUCACGAGGAAUCGUUUGAAGCUGCCCGAAUGCAAGUUGACUUUGAGGAGCUCUCAAACCCUGAUGACCAAGUCACAGUCGGUGUUGAUAGCAUGGCUGUUACACCACCUUUCUCACCUGAACCAGUUUCAAGCACAUCUGUAGAGGCUGUUGUUACACCACCUCUCUCACCUGAACCAGUUUCAAAUACAUCUGUAGAGGCUGUUACACCACCUCUCUCACCUGAACCAGUUUCAAAUACAUCUGUAGAGGCUGUUACACCACCUCUCUCACCGGAACCAGUUUCAAAUACAUUUGUGGAGGGCAUAGAGAACAGCAUGGCUGUUACACCACCUUUCUCACCUGAACCAGUUUCAAGCACAUCUGUAGAGGCUGUUACACCACCUCUCUCACCUGAACCAGUUUCAAAUACAUCUGUAGUGGCUGUUACACCACCUUUCUCACCUGAACCAGUUUCAAGCACAUCUGUAGAGGCUGUUACACCACCUCUCUCACCUGAACCAGUUUCAAACACAUCUGCAGAGGUCGUGGAGAACAGCGUGGCUGUUACACCACCUCUCUCACCUGAACCAGUUUCAAACCCACUGGCAGAGGGCAUAGAGAACUGUAUGGCUGUUACACCACUUCUCUCAUCCGGAAUAAUUUCUGGAGAGGGCAUGAAGAACGGAAAAGUUGAAGUAGUUCGUCAUCAUUCGCAAAUGUCAGAAGGCGAGACACAAUCCGAUGUGCUGCCCAGUGAAAUCCAGGCAGCCAUUCCAGGGGUAUAUGUCCCAUCCAAUUAUGAUGACCGUGACUUCAUUGAUGGUGAAACAUCCGUGUCCACUGGUGAGGGUGAUAGAAGCGCUGGUAAGAUCUCUGACUCUGGGGAGGAGGUUGCUGUAAGUGGUGUGGAGGGAGAGACAAGUGCUGGAGAAAUGGACAUGUCCAGGGAAAACAAUUUGCAUCCCUCAGAAGACCAGGCCUAUAAAACUUCCUUUGUGACUAUCUAAUGGCAACUGUUACUGUUGUUGGAAAACUUUCAAUUUGACGCAGUGUGUAUUUAACUUUCCUAUGUAUGUUAAUGAUUCAUUUAACACCAUUAUAAUGUUUUUGUUGUCACUUCAUCCAUUUACCUUGUCAUUAAAUUUUGCAUCAUUAUAAUUAUACGUAAUGUUUUUCUUUCACA